CUGAAUUCGUGGAAUAUCGUAUUCGUCACCCCUCCCAUUCGCAACUGGUGGUGAGAGUCAACUCGCGAAUUGCACAACGAUGGCCGACCAAGAUGCGACCACCGCGACGGACCUGGUGUCCUAUGUGAAUGCUAUCCUCAAGGAAAACCCGACAGAAUCGCCGUCCCUCUCUGUCGAAGACGCUGCCGCUCUUGUUUUGUCCAAGGCUGCGGCUGUACUCGCUGUGGAAGGGCACAACACCGACGUCGAAGGCUUGUUCAAGCUUCUCGUCAAAGCCACCGGUACCACACACGUCGAAGCUUUGUUGAAGGUCGUCACCGCCAACCGCAACAACGCUGUCUUGAAGCUCCGUGUGCUCGCCGAUCUGUUCAACGGAACGCCUGCUGCCAAGUCUUCGUUGCGCUUCCAAGUCUUGCUCGCGACCAUCCAGUUUGCUGGUACGACCGACAACCUCGCGCUCGUCAUGAGGUACUGCUUUCGUUCGUUGGAAGGGACACGCGGCCAUGAUGUACGUAGCUACUUCGACAACAUCGACGCCCUCCUUGUCGGCGCGUCCGUGGACAACUUGAAGACGCUCUAUUUGACCAUUGCAGACCUCUUGGAGACCAAACAACAGGAUUCCCAAGCCGCCCUUCGAUUUUUGGAAAAGUACUUGAAGUUGGUGUCCGCCGCAGACGCCGCCAAGGCCAAGGCCGUCGCCGUGCGUGCCGCCGUGCUCGUGAUCAAGUCGCCUAUCGCAAGCUUUGUGGCGCACGUGGACUUGCUGCAUUUGCCCGCCGUGCAGGCCCUCAAGGGUGUGGACAAGGUCCGUUCUUCGCUUCUGCUGGAAGUCUUUACGUCUGGUGUAGGUGUUUGAGCUGUUGGAGAUCUUCUCGAGCAAAACGUUGACGGACUAUUUGGCGUUUGAAAAGUCGUGUGCGGGUGUACUGAAAGAGCACGGCAUCGACUCGGCGGCUGCUACCGCCAACAUGCGGCUGCUCACGCUGUGCGCGUACCCCACGGGCCACGACGACAUUUCAUUUGACGACAUCAUGGCCAAGCUCCAAGUUCCAGAAGCCCAAGUAGAGACGUGGGUCGUUCAAGCGAUCACGGCCAACUUGAUCCAGGCGAAAAUCAAUCAGCUCGGCCGCAGCGUCGUCAUCUCGCGCAGCUUGCAGCGAGGUUUUGCCCUCUCCGACUGGAAAGACCUCCACGCGACCCUCUUGCGGUACAAGACAAACGUCGGCACGCUCCUCGACACGAUCCGCCAAGCCCAAACGGCAACGCACAAGAAAUAAUAUGCUUAGACACCCCUUGAAUAAACCCCCACAUUUUGUGCUCCUCUGUAGUUGCUGGUCUGGCGCGAAUGGCCAUUCGCACCACCGUGGCUGUUGCCGAUUUGGUGCUAGACACAUCCAUGGCUUUGGCUCGCCGGCGCUCACCAGGGACUCGAUGGGGGGUGUGGCGUACCCUUUCUUCGCGACCGACGUGCCCCAUGGACUUUCAGCAGCAGCUGUGGUUCUACAAUGGGUCGACGCAGGACAAUGCCGACGACGUUGGUCGAGAUUGUGUCCAUGAUGUCGUGGGUGGAGCUAUUCCAUGGCGCAACAGGG